CCGAAGUCUGAAAGGUCCAAACCUCGAAACCCACCCGAAAAAUGAUGCUCGGAGAACCGACUCGAGUCCACCCGACUAUCCAAGUCCCUCCCUGGGACUCAUUUGACGAUCAUAACCCCACCUCACCCUUCCCCAUCCCCAUUCACUCCGUUAACUAUAACGGCAAUGCCUCCAACGGAGGAGACUUCUCCCCGCUCUCUCCAGUGUUCCUCGACUCCCUCGCCGCGCUCCACCGUUACCUCCCGUCGAACGAGUCCGACUCGCUAGCGGAGGACCCGGACAUUCCCAUGAACCCAAUCUCCUGUGACCAGUUCCGGAUGUUCGAGUUCAAGGUCCGGAGGUGCGCGCGCGGAAGGUCCCACGACUGGACCGACUGUCCAUACGCCCACCCGGGCGAGAAGGCCCGGCGUCGCGACCCGAGAAAGUACCACUACUCCGGUGCUGCAUGUCCUGACUUCCGCAAGGGCCACUGCCCGAAGGGUGACUCGUGCGAGUUCGCUCACGGUGUUUUCGAGUGCUGGCUCCACCCGGCUAGGUACCGGACCCAGCCAUGCAAGGACGGGUUGGGCUGUAACCGCCGCGUCUGCUUCUUUGCCCACACGCCCGAACAACUUCGGGUCCUUCCCGGGCAGAGCCCGAGAACCCAAGGGUCGGGAGCUUUCGACUCGUAUCCAUUUGGUUCGCCCCCCACCUCGAUCCUGAUGUCCCCUCCAUUAUCUCCGCCGUCUGAAUCGCCGCCAAUGUCGCCAAACAGUCCUCAAGUUGGCCAUAACUCGGUUAGUGAACUCGUUGCUUCGAUGCGAAACUUCAAGCUUGCUAAGAUGAAAAUGAACUCCCCGCCUGCAUGGGGAGCCCAAAUGGGAUCAGGGUUCGGUCCGUCUCCACGUGGGUCCGCCUUCCGAUCCGGUUUUUGCAGCCUUCCAUCGACUCCGAGUCGUACAACGGGUCGGGUCGGACCGAACCCGGUUGAUCUCUGGGAUCAGCCUUGCGAGGAGGAGCCGGCAAUGGAGAGGGUGGAGUCCGGGAGGGACCUCCGGGCAAGAAUGUACGCGAGAAUGUACGAGAGGCUGAGUAAGGAGAAUUCUUUUGGCCGAGUCGCCUGUGUUGACUCUGGAUCGUCAGCUCCGGAUGUUGGAUGGAUUUCGGAGCUAGUCAGCGAGUGAGUGCAGACGACGAGUCGCGGGACCGUGACUGCUGUGUCGACUCGUUUGUCGUUUUAUCCGUUUUUGAUUUAUAUUUUUGGCAGGUGCGGUAAAAAUGGGAGUGGCCUUAUGAUUCUUCUGACCUUUUGUUGUGAAUAGCGCGGUUAAUAUGAAGCUUUUUUGGUGUAAAUGGUGGACGUGGAACUGUGAAGAACUUGAUUUCGUUUUGCAAGUUUGUACAGAAAAAAACAACGAAGAAGAAUUUUGUCGGGGCUGCUGGGGAUUUGGGUAGCUAAUAUUAAUGCUUUCAUCAUUGUUUAUGAAAUUGUUAUUUUCUUUUUUUUUUUUCUUGUUAUAUCUAGUUUUCUCGGAUAAUAUUAUAUUUGUAUUUUCUCCCUUGUUGCUUAAUCAAAUUGAAUCUUAGUAUUCGAAA